AUGGAGGAAGUCCAUAACGAAUUCAAGAAGAUUGGAUUCAAUGAUGGCUAUAAUCUAGGUCUUAUGAAUUCAAGGCACGUCUUGAUCCGCUUUGAGGAGGAAGAGGACUAUCAGAGAUGUUGGAUUCGGACUUUUUGGAACAUUGCGGGCUACUCAAUGCGGAUUUUAAAAUGGACUCCGGGUUUCCAUUUUGAAGAAGAUCCGCCAGUAGUCCCUAUUUGGGUUUCUCUCUGCGACUUGCCAAUUGAAUACAUGCACCCGGAGGUCAUCUUCUCAAUGGCUACAACUAUAGGACAACCCUUGAAGGUAGAUACGCCCACUUUGAACAUGACAAGACCAUCGGUGGCAAGGUUUUGUGUUGAAGUGGAUCUAAUGAAAGAGUUACCAAAAUUAGUGAAGAUCGGGAAGGGAGGACGUAAGCAUGAGCAAAUUUUCACUUAUGAACAUGUCCCUGCGUAUUGUCCAAAGUGCAGCAAAAUUGGGCGUAAGGAAAGAGACUGUCGCAUUGGAAAGCCAACUCCACAAAAAAUUGUUGUGGAUAAGGUAACUGCUCCGAAUGAAAAGAAGAAUGGAAUCAAAAUGGCCAAGCAAAAAGUGAAAUUGGGAUCGAAGAAACCUCAUGAGAAGUCAGAGGUUGAGGUUGAAAUCAUAAACGCUAAUCCGUUAAUCAUUAAGGCAGUAGAAGCGGUGUCGAUCCCUGGGGAAUCAACUUCGGGUCUUUCAGCGAAAGAGAAGACAGUGAUCCCAAUGGAUAUUCCCGACUCUAUGCCUCCAAAAGGCGUAACCGAGGAAGAGGAAAAUCGAGACUCUAAACAGGUUGCGAUUCAGUCAACUGAAGCUCCGCAUGUUGAGGUUUCUCCUAAAGGGAAUCAAUUCUCUAUUCUUGCGGACAUUGACGAAGUGACAAAUGGAUCUGACUCUAGUGAGGAGAAUGUAGAACAAAUUCUGGUUGAGGCGCCGUCGCUUGAGAAUAAUUCAGCUCCCGAAAAGCAUGAAACCCUAGCCUUAGCAUUAAUUCCGCAGGCCAAAUAG